AUGGGGCUGUAUAUUGUGCUGGGCCCCAGAACUGCUUCGUGGAUUGGGGUGCUGCUCCAAGACUUCCAGGCGACAUCCGUCCUGGGGCCCAAGGUGGCAGCUCUGAAGGCAUCGGAUAAUUUAAGCGCCAUCCUGAGCCAGAGCCCCCUGCCCUUUGUCCUGCGGGCUGGGCGCGUGGCCCACCUGUGUCCCCGCCGCACAGAGCCCCGCUGGGCGCUGAAUGUGAAGCGUGGGGUGCUGAGCCUCCUGCAGGGGCUCCCUGGAGCCAGUGACCCCCAGAUCCUUGAGGAGGUGGAUGUCCUGGGCAGGUGUCCCACCACGUAUCGGCCACAGGGUGACCAGCUGCGCAAGACCAAGGACCUGGCGCGCUGCUCCCUUCGCCGAGUGCGCUCCUCCCUGCUUGCCCAGGCCCUGCCUGGGGAGGAGGCUGGUCUGGCCUCCCGCCUGACCUGCCUCCAGAGUUUCCAGGCUGGCGUGCUGAGGGAGGCCUCCUGCACGGAGCUGCACACCCUGGGGCCCCUCUCUGAGAAGGCAAGUGCUGUGCAGAUGCGGACGCUUUCCUCGCUCACCCUGCUGCGUGAGAUGUCCCUGGAUCCAGCCGUCACAGCGCUUCCCAUAUCAGAUCCAGUCGAUGGAGAUGUGACUCCAAGCAGCCUGUUGUACGAAUGGGAGGAAACACAGUCUCAGGCUACAGUGGUCACAGCGGCCACGUUGGUGAGGAAGCUGUGCCUGGCUCAGACCACGAGUUUUGAGGCUGCAGAACUGUUCCUGACACUGGUGUCUGAGCUCCAGGGCCUCUCCCCAGAUGAGCUGUUGGCCCUGUGGCGACAAUCUUCCUUUAAAUGCCGGGACAACUGGCAGCCGCUGGUGGACGCCCUGCCCUCCUGUGGCACCGAGCCCUGUGUGGGCCUCAUGAAGGACCUCAUCGUGUCCGGGGAGGUGGAGGUGGACCAGACGGAAGCCUGGCUCUGGUCACUGGCCUUCAUCCCGCAGCCCACGGAUGCCAUGGUCCACAUGCUGCUGCCGCUCCUGCACACCUUGGGGGCCAGCCCCACCGCCUUCCUUGGUAUCUCGGCCCUGGUGCACAACCUCUGUGCCUCCCUGGACGGGCCCUGUGGACAGCUGCCUGGUGUCGGCUCCCUCGUGAGGACCCUGGGACAGGCCUUGGGUGCCAACUGCACCUUCCAGGAGCCCUCGGACGCUGACCAGCUCCGGCUUGUGCUGAAGGCGAUUGGCAACGCGGGCCUGGCGGCCACAGCUCUCAGCCCCUCACUGAGCACCUGCGCGUCUCAGAGGGGCUGCCCCCCCGAGGUCCGCCUGGGGGCCAUCCAGGCCUUCCGGAGGGUCCCCUGCUCUGCAAACCGAUCUGUGCUUUCCCGUCUCUACCAAAAUCCGGAGGAGGAUGCUGAGAUCCGCAUCAAUGCCUACCUGGCCCUGAUGAGAUGCCCUGGUGAAGAGGUGUUUGCCCAGGUGCGGCGCACCCAGGCAAGCGAGCAGUCCACCCAGGUGGGCUCCUUUGUGUGGAGUCACCUGAUGCAGCUGCUGGAAACUGAUGACCCUCUGAAGAGAGCUCUCCAGGAGGCCCUCCCUGAGGACAUCCUGAGCCAGGAGUUCCAGCCGGAGACCUGGAAACACUCAUCCUAUUCUGAUGUCACCUUCCGCUCAGUGUCUGGCAGCCUGGGAAUGAACCUGGAGCGGACCCUUCUCUUUUCUCCAGCAUCCUUUCUCCCCCGUUUUGCCAUGACUAACCUGACCAUCCAUGCCCUAGGUCAUGGCUUCAACCUCCUGGAGCUUGGCCUCCGCCUGGAAAAUGCAGAGAAAAUCAUUCACAGGCUGUUGGGCGGGAAGUCAUUCUGGGGGCAGGAAGAGGAGAGAGAGGGCCAGCCGGAGAAGUCCUCAGAGCCAGACCCAGGGCCCUCAGCACAGGCAGCCAAACCUGACUGUCCAGAAGAAAGGUCCAGAAAGAUGAGAGACCUGCAGCAGAAGGUGGCCCGGAGGCGCGCGGAGCGGCGGGCGCUGCAAUGUGAGCUGAGUGUGAAGGUGUUCGGGCACGAGCUGAGCUAUGUGAACUGCGGGGUGAUGAUGAAACGCCAGUCCUUGCACCUGGCCGAGCUGGCAGCCAAACUCCUGAAGGGGCAGGAAGUACAGGUGAACCGGAGGCUGAACCUGGCCAUGCAGGAGCUCACCUUCCCCACCAUGUCUGGCCUUCCAGCCCGGCUGACCCUAAAUGCCUCGGCUGCCAUCAGCGUCCGAGUCCGGGGGACUGCCGACUUCCAGCAGCAUCUGGAUUUCUCCGUGAAUGGUUAUGUCAAGCCCAGUGCCCUGCUCCAGAUCUCAGCGCAGAUGGGCACAGUGGGCGCCCUAGGGCAGGCUGGGCUGCGGUGGGUGACCAGCGUCCGUGGCACUGCCAGCCUGGAUGGUGGGAUUGAGGCGAGGAAGGGCCGGGACCUCCACGUGCACCUGAACACCCCUGAGGAGGCUGUGGAGCUGCUCAGCUUCAGCUCCAAGCUGUAUCUCGUCACUGGGGAUGGCGUGAGGAGCCUCAGUGAUGUCCACAGCCCUUCUGGGGCCCAGUCCUGUACUGACAAGAAAGCGUCCCACACCUGGGGCUGGCAACUGUGCACAGAAGUCACCUGGCUGGAAGCUGGCCAGCCCUACCUGCUCUCAGGGCCUGUGUCUGCGGCUGUGACACUGAAGAAGCAGGAUCGGGGCCUCCAGCGAUACCUUCUGGAAGCUGCCUAUACCUUCCACCCCCAGAAGGACAGCUGGCUCCCUCUGGAAGCUUCAGCCCACCUCUUCAUGGGCACGCCCGAGUCAGACGUGCCCAGGGACGUCGGGGUAGACGUGAGCUACAGCGCACCCCAGGGGAAGUUCCGGCUCAAGCUUCAGCAUCCCAGGAAGAAAGUGCAGCUGGAUGGAAAGAUUGAGACUCUCCAGAGUACCCGCGUCGGUCACCUGGAGCUGAUUCUGGAUGACAGGGACGUCUACUACAUCAAGGGACGGAGCGACCUGUGGCCAGCAGCUGGCAGUGAGGCCCAGCUGUUUGAGGCCCAGCUGGAGGUGAAACUGGUGACGGCCGGCAGCCCUGUGGUCCUCACUGGGAACCUCAGCCAGCAGGUGGGCAGCAAGUUGGCCUUCUCCGUCUCGCUGAGCAACCUGCUGAGCGACCAGGCCCACCUGUCAGUGCUGCUAGAGAGGAAGGUGGAGUACGGGUUGCAGGUGGUGGCCCUGGGCGGCGAGCUGUCCGUGCCAGGUUCCGUGGGACUGCACAUCCUGGGCUCGCUGCAGCGGCACAGCCGCCUCUGGACCAGCUCCCUGAGGAUCAAGUACGGCCUCUUGGGUCAGGCGAGGCAGCUGGCACACGAGUGCAUCACCAGCCAGAAGCUGCGGGCACACAGUGGCUCAGAGGGGGCCUAUGAGCUGGAGCUGGACCAUGAGCUCCACUGCACCCAGAUUCCAGCACUCAGCCACAAGGCUCAGCUCCGGCACCAGGAGGGCUUGGGCCACCUACACUCACAAUUGGAGGUGAGCUAUGGGGAGCACUGGAAUGAGAGCAGCAAUAAGAGGCGGUUCCGCGUCAGCCAGACCUUCCAGAACGACUCGGGCCCGGCCCUGAGCAAUUACUUCACGGAGUUUGUGCUACAGGUGACCGAGAGGCAGGUGGAUUACCGUCUGCAGAUGUAUCACUCGAGCCUUCGCCAGCCACACAUGGAGAGCAGCACACACCUGAAGGUGCAGUACAAUGGGCGGCUGCCCUUUGUGGCAGGCUUGCGGUGGAAGGACACAUCUCGAGCUACCCUGUGGAAGUGGGAAGGUGCUUUGAACCUGGAUAGUCCCUGGCUGAUGGUCUCUGUGGCUCACAGGCUGUACUGGCCCCACCGUCCCACAUUCCAGGCCGUCCUGGAGAUGACGCUGGGCAAGGCCUGGACCCUCAAGAACCUGGUGAUGAACGUGGCCUUUAGGGGCCAAGGCCUCGACAGGGAGGGCAAGAUUCACAUCUAUACCCCGGCCACCACUUACCUCCGGGUAUCCACGGUGAUGGCCUUGGCACAGAGCCUCUUCCGCAGCCGGAGUGAAGUAGAAUCAGCCUGGAGUGCGACAGUGCAGAACGAGAUCCACGCAGAGAACAGCCAAGACCUUAAGAUAGUUCACUGUUGGUUGAAGGGCCCCCUGCGGGAGAUGAACUUGACUGCAUCCUACAGGCACACGGAGCAGCCCCAGAAGACCCACGUGUCGCUGAUGGCUCUGGUGACUGGCACCAGGGGCCAGCCUUGGGGCCUGGAGUUGGACGGCAAGCUGGAGGAGGUGACUCGCGACGGGAGGUUGUACCAAAAGCAGGGGACCUUCCUCCUCAGGCACCCCUUGCCUCUGCCCAUCCCGCAGAGCCUCCUCCUGCAGGAGACCUUCACAGCGGAUGGGCGCCACCAGCGAUGCUCCCUGGAAACCAGGCUUGUCCUGAAUGGGCGGGAGGAGACCCUGCAGACCGUAGUCCUGGGCUACCAGGCCGGACACCCCUACGUCUGUGCUGGCCUGACCCACCCAUACAAGAGUGAGGCCAUUCCCGGGAACGUGGAGGGGUGCGCUGUCGCCUGGAGUGAGCACACCGCUAAGAACAGGGAGGUCGAGGCCACUUUCAAAGUCAACCAGAACGUCGUCCUGCACUUAAAGGGUCUGCACCAUGACAGAUCUCAGCAUGGGGAAAUCUGGCACAGCCUGGCCCUGGAUGCUGCACACUCCUCCCAGCUGAGGCUCCCACAGGCUCUGCAUUUGGAUGGGGACGUUGUCUUCAGACGGGGUCCUCGGGGAGCAUUUGACUGCAGGGUGGACACAAGGGCUGCCAUCAACCGCAACGUCACCUCCCAGGUCUCGAUCCAGCUGAACGGAUCUGACUCCCAUUUGGCGUUCCUCUUCCAGCUCAGACAUCCCCACAGACCAACAUUUCCUCCAGACUUCCAGGUACAGGUGGCUGCCCGACGAUACAAAGACCACACCCUCAGCGGCUCCCUGUCUAUGCACACCUCCAGCCAGGAGCUGCUUCUGCUGGAGGCCGACACCAGUCAGGACACCCAGAGACGCAGCCGGGGCUGGAGCAUGAAUGUCCUCCUCCACCAGGCAGUCCUCAGUGCCCCCCAGGCUGUCCAGCUGCAGCUGUCCAGCAAAGUGGCCCCAGCCAGGGUUUGGCUGUUUUAUAAGGCGCUGGUGGACCAGAACACGGCACAGCUUCUCCUCAAGGCUUCUGCGGCAGAGGGAGGCCACAUCCUGACCCUGCAGAGCCAAGCCCAGCACACGGUGGCUGGUUGGACAGCUGUGCCCCACCUCCUGACCCUCAAGGGCAUGCUGAAGCAGAAGAAAACUCUUAGAGAGGGCACCAUCAAGGUCACAGCUGAUUCAGCUGUGCUGGGCUUCCUCCUGCGGGACAAGCACGAAAAGACAGGGAACAGCACCAGCGUGCACAGUGUGACCUGUAUCCUCACUCAGAACAGCAGCCAGGCUUUGCCGAGAGAGCUCUGGCUGAGAGGGCAGCUGCAGGCCCAGACGGGGAGCCUUGGGGGCCAGGCCCGGCUCCAGGCUGAUGCAGCCAGCCUGGCUCUGGGUGGCAUCUGCACCUGGGGCUCUGGGCAUGGCCAGCUCUCGGGCCACCUAAGUCACAACAUCAGCACCUUGGGUGAGGCAGGACUCCCGUCGGAGGCAGAGAUGCACCUGUCACACACCCAUGUGGCCUCCAACCUCUCCGCGAGCCUGGCCCUGCGCAGUGCGUGGGGUCAGCUGGACGCCGCCCUCAGCCUGGACCGCCCGGCCCCCGGCGCCCCGGGAGGCCUGCUCCGUGCCCGCCUGGCCCACAAGGUGCCCAGCCUCAGGCACUGGGGCCUCCCCUCCUCCGUGGACGGCCGCGGCCACUUCCAGAGCGCGGGACACCGCGUGGCGGCCGGGCUGACCGCGAGCGCGGACGGGGAGCAGCUCCACGUGGCCCUGGAGGCGAGGGCGCAGCGCGGCCACCACGGGCUGGCCCUGCGGCUGCAGCACGGCCUCUCGGCGCUGCUGGGCACCUGGCCUGCGCGACUCCAGGUCAACUGUACUGGGGACACCUCGCCCACCCAGUUGUCAGGACUCUGCUGGGGGGACUUUGCCAGGCAGCCUCUUGAGGAUCUGGCUGUGUUGUCCUUGAAUGGCUCCCUCCUGGUCCACCCUUGCACGGCCAGCCUGGAGGCUCAGGUAUCUUCUGGGGACACCUUUGCCCGGGCCCACAUCCACACAGCCUGCGGCCACCACCAUACCCACCUGGACACCAGCCUCCAACACGCAUGGCCUCCACUUCAGGCGCUUGGGGUUGCCCCCAACAACCAUAUCCAAGUGUCUGUGGGGGGACACAAACCCCCCAGGGCCAGGCUGGCGGUGGCCUUGGGCCAAUGCACCCUGACUGCUCAUGGGGAUGUCAUUACUGAGGCCAACACCACACACGCCAACUGGACCCUGUCCGUGGUGAAUCGCUGUCCCCCGCUGGAGGCAACAGGCCUCCCGCAGGCUCUGCGCUCCGAGGGCAACCUGAGCUGGAGCCCCUGCGAGGUCAGUCUGGCCACGGGCCUCCGCAGCGACGACGGAGAUGCCCACCUGCAGCUGACCCGCACCUGUGGGCCCCAGACCUCGGUCGUCGGGCACCUGGCCCACUCCCUGCCCCUGCUGGGCCGCCUGGGCCUGCCACCCAGUGGCACCAUCAGCCUGGCCGUCCAGCCACGGCCUGCCGCCCGCCGCUCCCUGGCCCUCCAGCUGGGGCCAUGCCAGCUGCAGGGGACGCUGGAGCAGCGCACUGGCAACCGGAGCACGUGGAUGCUGGCCUCUGAGCCCGGCUGCCCGCUGCUGGAGGGUCUGGGCCUCCCAGCAGGGACACAGUUCAGCGGCUGCCUGCAGGCCGCAGGUGGGAAAGCUGAGGUGGCAGGGACCCUCGCAUCGGCCAGUGGGACAGCCUCCCUGACCUUGACAGCUGUCGUGCACCAGUCCGAGGCCACGCUUCGAGUGAAACUGAGUCACACGCUGUCUGCACUGCAGGCCGUCCCCCCAGAGGCCUUGCUGACCGUCCGGCUCCAGUGGGAGGCCAGGCACCGGCUGGGUCUGGAGCUGCAGGUGGGGGCCUGUGAGCUGCAGGGCAGUGGUGAGCUGCACCUGGACCACGGGCUGCAGUGGCGGGUGCUGGCCGAGAGCUCCUGCGAGGCUCUGCAGGCGCUGGGGGUCCCGGGCCGAGUCAGCAGCUCUGGGGACGUCGUGCUGAGCUCCGUGGCUGUGGACGCCCAGGUGCUGGUCGCUGUGAACAACAGCACGCUGCGAGGGGUGCUCAUCCUCAAGACGACCGAGAGCCAGAGGCAGGUGGAUGUGUUGCUCACGCACAGCCUGCCCCGACCCGGCCCCUUGGGCCUCCCAGCCCGGGUCCUGCUGGAGCUGGCCACCGAGAGCCACGGGCGCAGCUACCGACGCACCCUGCGGGCCGGAGUGGAUGGCAGACAGGUGUCUGAGGAGCUGACGUUCACUCGGCAGCCAGAGCACAUGUCCCUGGACUACACGCUCCAGCACAACAUCCCCACGCUGCGGACGCUGUGGGUGGAGGACAGUCUGAGCCUGCAGGCCUCUGUGGGUGCUCCCAGCAGCGGAUCCGGCCUGGAGCAUUCCGCACGCAUCUCAGUGGGGCCCACGUCCCUGAACUACUCCGUCAGCUGCUGUCACCGUGCUGGGCACCUGGAGCUCUCUGGCUGGAGCUCGCACAACAGCGUGACCUUGUUGCAGGCUGGGGUCCCGGGCCAGGCCGGCCUCAGCGCCAAGCUGCAGACACACGAGACCCAGACCCAGGCCAGUGUGGCCCUCCACGGAGGGGAUGGUGGUGUGAGCGUGGACGUGGCUGCGCUGGCGGCCUGGCCCACGAACGGCACCCUGGAGCUGGUGGUGAACGCCAGCCACACGGCACCUGCCCUCCAGAGGCUGGGCCUGCCCUUUGCCAGCCAGCUCGUGUUCCAGAAGCUCUGGGCAGAGGGAUGGGUGCGCUCUUCCCUACGGCUGACCUGUGACUCUCAAGCCAGCCUGGUCCUCGAUGUGCAUGGCCAGAGCCGGGCACUCAGCAAAGAGCUGCAGCUCUGGGGCCAGCACCACCUCCCCGGCCUCCUGGGCCGCUGCCCCAGCAGAGCCUCAGCCGCUGCCAAGCUGCAGUACUCAGAGCAUGAGGCCCAGGGCACGAUUUCCUUGGCGGUGGAGGAACAUCGUCUCCACCUGGGCAGCAGGCUGGCAACUGCGAAGGCCCGCGUCACCAGCAUCAUCAGGCUGGAACAGACCUUCCCCCAGUUCGGUGCCUUUCCCGGGGAACUGGUCCUGCAGACCUCAUAUGAGAGAGUCCACGGGGCCCACGCCCUGCACCAGACGGUUCUGUGGGACAACCAGGAGGUGGUCCUCAACGGGGGCCUCUCUGGGCCCUUCCCCAGGCUCGCGGGGAACCUCAGCUUGCGGGCGGAGCUCGCCCACCCGCCGUGGCACAGCGGCCUCCGCCUGUCCUGCGAGCAUUCGCGACGCAGACACCGGGACGACCUGGUCGUGCGCUGGGAUGACAAGGACCAGGUGGUGGUGUCCUCCUCUCUGCUCUUGGGGAAGGGCCAGCUGGCCGCCCGCCUGGCCCUGGCUCAGCCCUUCAACCUGUCCUGGUGGCGCAUGGAGGCUGGCGGCCUUGCUGAGCGCAGGGGCGGCAAGCAGAGCCGGCAGGUCCAGCUGGCCUGGGAUGGAGGGCAGCCCGUGACCUUGCACCUGACCUGGACCGACAGGUCCUCGCAGCGCAGCAGCACCUGGGACGGCUGCCUGGCCGCCUCCCCGGGACAGCUCCAGGAAACAUGGGGCCUGAGUGCCCUCAAGGCCUGUGGGGCCUUAACACACACCCCGGCCGUGUUCAGCGAGCAGCUUGACCUGUCCUGGGACCGACGCAGGGUGCGGCACAACCUGACCUACGAGAGGCAUUGGCCGUCCCAGCCAGACAGGAUCCACGCCGAGGCCGUGCUAGAGCACAUCUUCACCACCUCCUGCACCACACACAGCUUCCGGGGAGAAGUGGACACCGACUACACCCACUGGCUGCGCCAUUCCCUGCAGCUGGGGCUCUGCGACCUGCCCAGGGCUCUCUCAGUCUCUGGGGAGCACACCCUGGGCCACAGGGGGCUCCUACUGCAUUCCUACUGCCAGCUGGGCCUUGCCCCGGACCCAGACCACGGCCUGCAGCUCAGCCUGACGCUCCGCAACCAUAGCAAGCCUCGGACACCAGACUUCUCCGGGGAGCUGGAGAUCCUCAGCCCCAAGGCUCAGCGGCUUGGCCUGCGGGGCCGGGUCUCUACCUCAGCUUCUCGGUUCCUGGCCCAGCUAGAGGGACAUGUGGACGAUGGGAACGAGAAAGUGAGGCUGUCGGUGUCGCGGGCCCAGGGCUGUCUCCAGGCCUCUGCGGGCCACGAGGAAGGGAGCCGAGAGGAGAGUGUUGUGCUGCGGGCGUGUGCCCACAGGCGGACAGCUGAGGCGGAGGCCCUGCUGCAGGACGGCGGGCGGCCCGGGCCGUCCCUGGGACGCCUGACCCUGCAGGCUGCCAACCAGAGCCUCCGCCUGGUGGCGCAAGGCUGCCAGGAACCCCUGCUGGGCCACGUGGAGUCCAGAAUCACAGCCAUUGGGGCCCAGGUGCGAGCCCAGCUGGAGAAGAAGGUCCGAGGCUUGGAUGCCUACGUGGAGAGGUUCCGGUGCCUGGUGCGGCCGGCGGGCACCCUGGACGAUGUGGUGGUCCCCGUCCUGCAGCUAUCCCACGCAGGACUGGAUGCUGUCCUGGCGAGUGGCCGGGCGGUGGCCUUGCUGUGGGGCCAGAGCCAGGCCAGGCGGGCGCUGACACACCACUUGCCGCUCUACCUGGAGAGGCUGCAGGCUGGGCUGGAGCAGCUGCGGAAUGAGCUGGAACGGCCCCUGGCCACGCUGAAGGAUGCCUACCUGGAGGUGACACUGCGGCCCCUGGACGAGCUGUGGCAGGAGCGGGCACAGGAGGCCAUGCAGCUGUUGCGGGCCGUGUGGCCCAGGCCCAUCGGGGCAGCCCUGGAGCUGGCCGCCCGCCAGAUGCUGUCCUGGGCCGAAGCCACUUUGUCACAGGCCCUGAGGAGGCUCUGCAAGCCGUUGCUGGCUCUGUACAGCUUCUCAGCCAGAAACUGCUCAGUGACGGUGACACUGCCACUGCUGCCUGCAGGGGACGAGCCCCUGGCCGUGGCCCGGGUGACCGGCCACUUGGUGGAGGAGAAGCUGCUGCGGCCCUUCCGCGAGCUGUACGGGACCCGCGUGCUGGCCGAGUACUACCGGCUGCAGCGUCUCCUCCUGGAGAGCCCCCAUGACUACCAUGCUGUGGUGGCCGGGGACAGGCAUGUGGUAACCUUCGAUGGCCAGGUGUGGAGUCUUGGUGGCCACUGUGGCAGUCUGCUGCUGGCCAAGGACUUCGCCCACAACACGUUCUCACUGACGCUGAACCGGGCCCCUUCAGGACUCACAUCCCUGUCCGUGGAGCUGAACCACACGACCCUGGUCCUCUAUCCAAGCCUAAAGACCUACAAGCUGUAUGACUCCUCCCUGCCUACGGAGAGCUGUCCGCACCUGGAUCUGCCACCUGCUAAGACAAGGGGGGACAUUCCCAGGAUCGAACUGACCAGUGAGGACGGCAUCUCAGUCACCUGUGAUGUGCAAACUGGCCUCUGCAGCCUGACUCUGGGCCUCUGGCUCCAUGGUGUGUCUGCUGGCCUUCUAGGUACCAAUGACAAUGAGGCGGCCAAUGAGUGGAUGCUGCCAGAUGGCAAAGUGGCCCAGAGCCUGGAGGAGCUCACCCUCGCCUGGCAGGUGGGUGGUGACUGCAGGGCCAUGGAGAAACCUCAGGAGUGCCCAGCCCGGAGCCUCACCUGCUGGGCCUUCUUCCAGGACCCUCAUUCCUGCCUGGGGAACUGCUUCAGAGUGGUGGACCCCACACCCUUCCUUGGCCUGUGCAACCAGGACACCUGUGGCACCCAGGAGCUCCACUUUGCCUGUAACCUGGCAGCCACUUACAUCCACUUGUGUGCCCGGGGCUUCGUGCCCCUGGACCCUCCUCCACAGUGUGAAACAACACAAGAAAAAAUUCACUAACUGGAAGACAUAAGAGUCUCAUAGAAAUUUCAGAAUGAGAAAAUGAAGAGGAACUCCUCGGAUU